AUGGAGACAAAGCUAUUUGUUGAUCUCCAUUUGGAAUCAUCUGAAGGAGGCCUGAGGGAGCUGGUGCUCCAGUGGUUUAUUGGGACACAGGCUCAACGCAUUCUGCAAAAUGGAUAUUUUCCAAGGCUUCACUCGAAGAGAGAACUAAAGCAUGCAGAAGAUCUCCUAAGAGAUAAAGCUCUGGGUUCUUUUCUCAUACGUCUUAGUGAAAAAGCCAUCGGAUACAUCCUUUCCUAUAAGGGCCUUGAGAGGUGCCGGCAUUUUGUUAUAUCUCAAAACCAAGAAGGAUUUUUUGUCAUAUCAGGUGACUGUCACACCUACUGCUGUAUCACUAACCUGAUAGAACAUUUCAAAGUCAGCCCAAUACAGCCUUUUAGAGAGUACCUGACAACCAGCUGUACUGAGGUGAGCACAGGUGAGCUGUAUGAUGUGGUGAAUUACAACAGUAAAAGGAAAACAGGAGCAAGUGUUCAUGCUUUGUGCAGCCUGAGGGACCUGAAUAAUAAGAGUAGUGCUGGAAACAAUCCAAGGAUCAAGGAACAAACUGUUGAUGUACACAGCACAGUUCAGCCACCUGCACUGCCUCCAAAAUCCAGAAACAAAAACUUGACUACAACACUGUCUGUAGACUCCAUGUCCUCCUCACAGGUACGAAACGGGCAGAAUUGA